GUGGGUGUGGAGCUUCUGUCAAUCUCAUAUGUAGCUGCUGUAGACAACACAUCAUACGGUACUGUAUGUGGACUCUGGUCAAGGGAGCAGCUGGAACUAUCAUAACCCUGUAAAUAAAGACACAGCUACCAAGGAGCCAUGGCCUCCCUUGGACAAAUCAUCUUCUGGGGGAUGAUAGUCAUGAUCUUUGUGGCUGCUGGACUCAUCAUCCUCAUCUUGUCUGUGUCAUUUGCAGUUCAGGGUUUAGGGGGUUCCCAGGGCACUGUGGAUAGCAAUAACAAGUGGCCCAUCGGGAAUCUGGGGGAGGAUGUCAUCCUGAGCUGCAAGUUCAAGACUUCAACUAACAGCGGGGAAUCGACCAGUCAGGUGUCAAUCACAUGGAAGAAGAAGGGACUCAGCGAAGUGGUGUACAGGUACAAUAAAGGAGCAGUCCAGCUGACGGAGCAGAACCCCCAGUUUAAAGAUAGAACCCAGCUGUUCUCUGACGCCAUAGGUGGAGGCAAUGCCUCUAUGUUGCUGAGGAACGUGAAAAUGAAAGAUGAGGGGGUGUACUACUGCAGUGUGAAUGCCCCUAGUGGCUCAGGGACUGACAGUGUUAAACUCAGAGUUGCAGCUUUCUCGGCCCCCAAAUUUAAGUGGGUCAACACUACCCUGACGGCAGAGGGAGAGAGAUGGUUCCCAAAACCAGAUGUCCUCUGGUUGGACGUCAAUGACAACGUCCUAAACGAGAGUGAAACUAGAUUUUUCAACAACUCCGCCGGGAUAACCCGAUUCAUCAGCUCCCUUCAGCAAAUUACAUUGAAUGACAGCUACACCUGCAUCAUCCAAAACCAUCUGGUGAAGGCUGUCUCCCGGGCAACCGUCAAAGAUAUAGAGAUAUCAACGACGACUUUCUUCUCCUUCUCUACUGCAGCUGCACCACCCAUACUACUACCCCAACGGCACGUCCUAGCAGCUACAACCAGUUUCUUUUUCUGGAUCUACCAACUAACCUGAUUAACACAUGCACACAAACUACUCUUCAUAGCCUACAGGCAAGAUGACUAAAAUUACUGUCUGUGGGGAAGUGAACUGGUCUGGUGACUUUCCACUUGCCUUGGUCUGCCUGGAGUCUGAUGGAUUUUGUGUUGGAUUAACAAGUGGCGACAAACUGUGUAUGUGUGUGUGUGGCUCAGUGGCGACCCGUCAUUCAGGGCAGGUGGGGCAGUACCCCACCUGUUUUGAGCCCUACAUUUUUUGAAAAAAAAUGUAUAACAAUAAUAUUUGUUUUUGGGGGAGGCUUGCCUGUUUUGCAUGUUAUUUUGGCAUUACAUGUCACAUGUCAGUUUGCAAACAAUGUAAAAAAAAUAUAUAUAUAAUUGAGUUAUUAAAGCUGCAUACAAA